CAUGCGGACUCGUCCAUCUGCCAAUUGAUUUUCUUUCUUUUUUGUAUUAUUGGACACUUUUCCGAUCAUAUCAGCUUUACCAAUCACGAGAUAACGCCAAUUGGUCCUGAACAUUGAGCACGAAUACUUAGGAGGCAUGCAAAGCUGUAAGCUCCGCACUAGUUUACUCGAGUAAGGCAAGAGGAGUUGUCUAAUCUUCUCAGACCAUUCGAAGAUUUCCUAUUUUCGGUAAUUCGUGGUGGUAAGCAUCCCGCUACAAACGCGGAGGGUGAUGCUUGAGCGGGCUUCGACAUGCCUCGAAACCGGAGGGCGCCAGCUCUUGCGAAAAUCGAAUCGAUCUCUCUCCAGUCGUCGUCCGCUGCACUCGUCCAUCUGGCAUCAUAGCCCGAGCGAUCAUAAUGUAUCCAAUUGGUGGACGGCCGUUUCCACGCUGGGUUAUGAAAAUGGUGACGUCGACCAUCACGAUCCUAGCAAACACGGCAGGCACUCCCAGCCGGACGGCGGGCUCCUAUUCGAUUUCUUAUAUCCAGCAAAGACAUUGGCAUUGCUCAAACGAAUAUCAACGGUUGACUCGAACACGGUCCGCUCUCGGCGGAAGCUCCAAUCGCAUAGGAAUUCUAUUCGCCACUUCUCAACCACACAAUGGGUAUCGAAAGAAGCAGUAGCGGAAGCAAUAAACUUGGCAGGAGAUGAACUGGAAGAGGGAAUGAGGGAGAAUAUGUUGCGCUUGUCGGCACCGGACGCGCUCAGGGAGCUUCUAUCUUCAGGGGUGCAGGGGAUGCAAGAUUUGGCAUGGCGAUUGUACUCGGCCAUUCCUGAGCGCAGCCGCGCCCCUCAUUUACAAAAGGAGCUUCUUGAUUUCCUUGCCUCGGCAGAGGAUUCGAUUGACGCAACUCGCGUGUUGCAAAUCUUCAACGCCUUGCCUAUAGAACAUCGUGGGGGAACAGCGUACCGAAUUGCCGUGUCCGCUCACCUUUCACUUGAACUCAUUGGUUCUGCGGUGCAAUUGCAAGAAGAGGCUGCAGCUCGAGCUGUCAGCAUCGAUAUCGGCACCGACCAAAUACUCCAGCGUAUCGUGCAAAGGAACAAAUGGGAGCUCAGCAUGCGCGUAUGCAAGGCAUUCCUACAAUGCACACAGAAUCGCAAGUUCCAUAUCGGACAUUGGCUUUCCGCUCAAUCUCGCAAAAGGGGCGACCACAAAUUAGCAUGGGGAACCGUCUCUGAGCUGCCAUAUCUUCGCGGUCACCUGGACUCAUUUCUUCAAUACGUGGAGCAGUAUCGACAUGAAUGGACGUCAACUAUAGAGAAUCAAAAUGCGCUUGCUUUCAUGUUGGAAGGCCUUGCGCCAGAGGCUAUGAAUCAAAUACUCGACGUUCAUAGAGCAGACGAAGAUUUUAUCUGGAAAUACUUCAUUGGGUUAUUCAGUAAGCUGGAUAAUCUUGGACUUCCCUCCGCUCGUCUUUACAAACAUGCCAUUGGAGUAUUCCUCAGCAUUCCGCGAUACAGGGAGUAUAAAAAUCAGCGAAAGGUAUUCAUGGCAUUGUACGAACAGUAUCGGGAAAAGUGCAUCGCAAGUACUAAUCCUCGAGACCGGCCAAGUUGGGAAUUACUAAGAAAGUUGAUAUUGCAAGCCGGCCAUCACGGUAGUCACACUGCAAGAUCUGCUGGAAUAGACAACCUUCUCAAUGAUACGAGUAUCUUCUACCCCAAUGAACGUCUGCCAAAAGAGAUCCUCCGGUAUCUCUUGAUGUUUCAUGCCGAGCACGGAGAGGUCAGCAAAGUCCAUCGGUAUUUCGAUGCAUUACCCUUCCAAUCGACAGACCAAGGACUCAAGAGCCUCUCUAGUCUGAUUUUUGCAUAUGCAAGGCGAGCGGAUGUACAGGGUGCCGAAACACAAUUCAAACGCAUCUCUCAAGAGUUUGGACUGGAACCGGAUGUUGGCUGUUGGAACGUUCUUCUUCUCGCCUACGCACGCGCGGACGACCUCGAUGGGGCCAUUGACUGUUUCAACCGUAUCUUGGACGCAGGCGUUGCUCCAGAUGUGAAGACAUUUGGUCCCCUACUUGACCUAUGUGCAGCAAGAGGCGACGUCGAGGCAUUCGAGUCAAUUCAUUCCAAAGCCGAGCAGCUUAAGGUCCCUGUACGAACAAACAUAAGGGCAAGGGCCGGUUAUGUCCAUGCCUCUUUGUCUUCCGGUGACGCGGAAGGCGCAGAGAUAAUCGCUCGUACCAUGCUUGAAGAACAACGUGCUGGUUCUCUGAAAGGGGAUCUCACCCAUGUAUGGAACCUGCUCAUCAAUCAUCAUGCACUGCUGGGUGACGUUCCCUCCAGUCGACGACUUUACCGAGAGAUGCUCGACAAAUCGAUACCACUAGACACGUGGACGUAUGGUGCUCUCAUGCGUUCACUGAUUGAAGUCAAGCAGACAAAUGCAGCAUACAAGAUUCUCCGUGUAACAAUGCCACAAAACAACAUACGAGUCCAUGCGUUUCACUACUCCCUUGUCAUUGCUGGGUUUAUUCGAGAGCGACAAUUUCAUCGAGCACUGCACGCUCACCGACGGAUGAUCGGACGCAAUGUCCCACAAACGCCGAGCUCUCGACUUUCUUCACUGCAUGCACUAGGCAUGGCGGAGCUUGAGAAGCUUGCCGAGCUGAAAGACGGUGAAAAGAGAGAGCGUUUGAUCGAGGUGGAAACAUCAUUGCGGGAAGUUUUGCUCAACGACUCAGAAUCUGAGGUUGCUAGGCGUGAGCCGCGUCAUCAAAGAUUUGUGGAUUCAAGGGCACACAAUGUUCCAGAUGGGUAUUUUGGGCUUUUGAUCCUAUUGUAUAACACUCGUGGUGCCUACGAGAUCUGCAAAGAGCUAUUUGAGGCCGCUUCAAUGGCAAAGACAGACGAUAAUGGAUAUGAAGCCCCAAUUGGCCUACUCGUCGCAAUCAUGGAAGCACACCUUCGAGCUGGAGAACAUGAUGAGGUCGCUAAAUGCUUCCACCUAGCUCGCAGACAGGCCGACAAGCUCGUCAAAACCCUUGCUCAGGUCGUUGAGCCAGCAGGUCCUACUGUGCAAUUUAGCUCCUUGCUUGACCCAGCUGUCAGAGACAAAAUGGAGAAUCCUACCAUUUCGCGCAGCCGCCGACACGUUCUCCACCGCGCCACUCUCAUUUACAUGCGAAGCCUUUUCAUGCAAAAGACUGAAGCAGCUUUCAAGCAGGCUCAAAGGACCAUAAGAUCCCUCCUUACAAGCGGCUACAUCCUCGAUAACCUUACAUGGAACGAAUUCAUACUGGCGCUCGCCCAGCGCGGACACAACUUAGAAGCCUUUGCGACCUGCGAGGCAUACCUCAUUCCAGCUUUCCCGGGAUGGCGAAGACUGAGCCCUUACUACAUGCGCAGAGAACUCCGAGGGUACUCAUGGAUGGACAUCCGACGUGCUGAAGUGGAUAGGAAAACCAUCAUGCCUAGGUACAGAACCCUAGUGGUACUUGCAGCGUCAUACGCAAAGGCCCGAAGAGAUCAAGACAACGGAAUUGGCUAUGAUCCCGAUCAAGGCGGCUGGCCACGAGAGACUCUUGAAAAACUGGCUCCUAAAACUGUUGAUGCAAUCAGGACCAUGCCUAGGACCGGAGAUAAGGUGCAGAAAGAGUUUCUUUCAGGGUUGGAAUAGAGUGUUCGACGCGAAGCAAGAGUUAGAGGAGACGGGGUGGUAGUAGAGAAUUUCAUUGUAUCGUUUUGUAAAUAUGUAGCCAUACGAUGUACGAUCCAAGGUAUACACGAAUGUACAACAAGGAGUUAUGAACACUGUGUAGAGGACGUCAAGCUACAAUGCUCAUGACAAGAAAUGUAAAAGAACUAGAGAAUUGGUGAGGGUACUGUACGAUAUUGGUCCGUUGAGCAUUGGGCAUGAGUUAUUGUGUAUACACAUCUAGUAAUAUCAUCAUCCA